AUGAUCGGCAAGGAGGGACAAACCCAAAAAGGCAAGCAAAAGGGGUCGAAUGUUUUGCCGGCCUUCUCGGACAAUACCAAGGCCCCUAAGCCUAAUAAGGUAACCCCCGCCACAACAGCCACCACCACUCCAGCCACACAAGCUAAAGAAACUGCGGCCAUACAAGCCAAAGAAACUGCAGCAGUGCUAAACUACCCCAGGAGGCUGUGG